AUGUUUCAUUCAGUCGUUUACACCGCGGCGGGCCUGGUUUUCCUCGCGUAUGCUGCCGAAUAUGUGUUGACGCUGAGGGACCACCGGGACGAGCCGUUGCGUCUCCGAUCCAAGGUGCCGCUCAUUGGCCACAUCCUUGGCCUCAUUCGAAGCGGCCCUUCGUAUCAUAGCAAGUUACGAGAUGCCACCGAAGGCGAGAUCUAUACCCUGGGCAUCUUUCACUUCAAGCUCUACACCAGUGUGUCGGUCCGGCUUCUCCCCGCCAUCCAAAGACAGUCGAAGACGUUGUCGUUCCUGCCCAUGCUUCAGCAUGUUGCACGACGAUGGGGCGACGCAAGUGACGAGACAAACGACAUCUUCGGCGGUCCGCACUGCGCAGCCGACUUUAGCCGGGCCAUGCGAAUUAGCCUGGCGCCGGGGCCGCAUCUCGACGAGCAGAAUGAGCGCAUGGGGAACCGGGCCUUGUUCGACGUCGAUACCCUCGUGGGCCAAGCUGUUCAACAGCAGCAGAAGCAGCAGAAGCAGCAGCCCCAGCCCCAGCAAGAAGGUUUUCGAAUUCCGUUUCUGCAAUGGGCCCGACAUGUCGUGACUCAAGCUUCCAGCUGCGGUGUAUACGGCACACGGCACCCCUUUCUCGACGCCGAGGUCGAAAAAGCAUUCUGGCAGUGGCAUACCCAUCUAUCGGCGCAUAUUUCUGGCCUGACCUUUGACUUGCUAGGCAAGGGCUACGCCGCCCGACAGAAAGUAUUCGACGCACACAUCAAGUACUGUCAUGAUAUGCCUCAAGACGCGUCGAUGCUCUUCCGGGAGCGCUGGAGGGUUCUCCGUGAAGCUGGGAUAUCCGAAACGGACUGCAUCAAGCAGCAGGCGACACUGCCGAUUGGUAUGCUGAGCAAUACGGUGCCGACCUUUUACUGGACCGUCUGGGAACUGUUUUCGCGAGAGGAGACUCUUGCGCAGGUCCGAGACGAACUCGAACAGCAGGCCGUCGUCGAGCUGGGAAACGGCUGUUUCGCGCUCGACGUGGCGGCUCUCAAGGCGCAGUGUCCGUUGCUGCUCUCGGUUUUCCAGGAAACGCAACGUGUGCGGCACAUCCACGCUGCUAUCCGCAAGGUGAUGCAGGACACGCUGCUGGAUGGCAAGUAUCUCCUCAAGGCGGGGAACUACCUCCAGAUGCCAGGCAACGCAAUCCAUUCGCAUGAGAAGAUCUGGGGCCCGACUGCAGCCCAGUUCGAUCCCAGGCGGUUCGUCGACGUGGACAAGAGGCGCGGCGGCAGCGACUUCUUGGCGUGGGGUGCACCGCCGCACUUGUGUCCCGCACGGCAGUUUGCGGCUACCGAGAUUGUCAUUUUGGUGGCGCUUCUAGCGAUGCGAGUCGAUCUACGGCCUGCCAGUGGUGGCACGUGGGACAAAGAUCCGGCCUUGGACUUCAACGACCCCAUCACAGUACUGAACCCUAGAAAGGAUGCUGAACUUAUCGUCGUCCCUAGGCCGCAAUGGGCCGGUAAAUGGACGCUCCGCAUGUCACAGAGUACGGUCCGGGUCCCUCUGGCCUCAGGAUGA